GCUCCAGGGCGGGCAGCGGAGACACGCCGAGCUGCAGCGACUGGACUCGAGACGCGGCGGCCGCGGACACUGUACGUGCUCAGUAAGGAUUUGUCGGAAGAAGGAGCUCACUGUCCUCUGAUGGGGACACUGUGCCUUGAUUGUCUAGGAACCAACCCUUCUCCCCUGCCCUUUGCAGCCUUCUCUCCCGUGGGGCUUGAAGCUGGGCAUCCUGGGGCCCAUGCAGAAGGCUGGGGCCAGGGGCCGGAGGGCCUCCGACUGCGGCCCUGCCACUCACCGGCCCAGUACGUGGGCUCCUUCUCCGUGGACAACCUGGACACCCAGGAGAGUGUGUGGCUUGUGCAACAACAGCUGUGGACACUGAAGGAAUGUCACAGACGCCGGGCCGUCAUCCUGCAAUUCAGCCUUCAGGGUCUCAAGAUGUACAGCGGGGAGGGUGAGGUGCUCUUGAUGGCGCACGCCCUGAGGCGAAUACUCUACUCCACCUGGUGCCCAGCUGACUGCCAGUUUGCCUUUGUGGCCCGAAACCCCCGGAGCCCGGCCAGCAAGCUUUUCUGUCACCUCUUUGUGGGCAGCCAGCCUGGAGAGGUCCAGAUCCUGCACCUGCUCCUUUGCCGCUCCUUCCAGCUCACUUACCUCUUACAGCACCCUGAGGAGAGGGUACAGCCUGAGCCCUGCUCGGGGCCUGCAGGGGAUGUGCCCCUGAAGCCACUGCCCAGCCCUGGGCCACCCCCGGGCCUAGUACGGGAACCCUUCGGCCGUGAUCAGCUCUCACAGAACGUUCAUGCACUGGUCUCCUUUCGGCGGCUGCCUGCAGACGGGCUCAUGGGCAGUGGGAAGGAGCUGCCCGACUUGGAAGGCCGUGGGUUCACCCGCCAUGCCCGCCUGGGGAAUCCCUACUGCUCACCCACACUGGUACGCAAGAAGGCUAUCCGCAGCAAGGUGAUCCGCUCCGGGGCCUACCGUGGCUGCACCUACGAGACCCAGCUGCAGCUGUCAGCCCGGGAGGCCUUUCCUGCUGCGUGGGAGGCGUGGCCUUGGGGUCCUGGCGGCCCUUCGUGCCUGGUGGAGAGUGAUGGCAGCCUGACGGAGAACAUCUGGGCCUUUGCUGGCCUCUCCAGGCCCAGUGCCCUUGCCCUGCUGCGGAGAGACGUGCUUGGGGCCUUCCUGUUGUGGCCUGAGCCGGGCGCCAGUGGCCAGUGGUGCCUGUCGGUGCGGACGCAGUGCGGUGUGGUGCCGCACCAAGUCUUCCGGAACCUCCUGGGUCGCUACAGCGUGGAGCACCUGCCAGCCGAGUUCCCCAGCCUGGAGGCUCUGGUGGAGCACCAUGCUGGGACUGAGCGCAGCCUCUUCUGCUCCCUCGACAUGGGCCGCCUGAACCCCAGCUACGAGGAGCAGGACUGUGGGCCCGAGGGCAGGCCUUCCCGGACACUCCGGCCCCUAAGCCAUGCCAAAUCCGAGGCAGAACUGCAGGGCCUGGGCUAGGAGGCCCGCCCCACACCAAUAGGCCCUGCCUCCUCCUGGCUCCUGGCUCAUCCUUCAUCCUCCUCACUGGCCACCAGUUCCAUCCAGUCACUCUGCCUCUUGGACCCGUCUUUCAUCACUUCACUGAUUGUGUGGCAGAGCUCUGAGAUGGGGAAUUGCCCAUGGCUUCUCACAUGACACGUGGCCCCUUGGGAUUGCAAGAGGGGCAGGUGGAGCUCCAGAUUCCGUGAACUUGCUGGUGACUUUGGAUGCAUGUCGUCUCUGGGCUUCACGUUACUCCUACGAGAGGAGCUUUCUGAGGGGGGCAGGAAGGUUUGUUCACAAUGGAGGUCUAGCCCUCUCCUAAGGAGGCCAGGCCCUGAGACCCUGACUGGGAGUCUCCAGAGAGCUCCUGACCGAGGCAGUGUGAGGGAGAGGCAUUUGGGGAGGCAGGAGGAGUGACUUCUCGCUUUGGGCAAAGGCCUGGGGGCGAGCCACCCUCUCCAUUAAGGACACAGAGGUGACUUGAUGAAGCCUGUGGGCUACAUCAGGCUGCCUGUCUCUCAAGUCCUCUGAGUCUUCCCUUGAAUUCUGAGGAAUGAGGGUUAGGGCAGGAUGGACGAAGAGCCUUGCCACCCAAAGCCCAUGGGGACACCUGUGCAGAAAGGGACGUGAACCGGCAAACAGGGCAAAGCAUCUGAGUGCAUUACUUGCGAAGGCUGGUUUGUCUCCCUGAAAAGCACAGGCUGUGAUUCCUGCCGCUGGGAAUGGAUGCCCAGCCUCAUCCCCUCCCCCACAUGCCCGAGACCCACAAAGGCACAUACAUACACCCAGCUGCAUUGCCUUUGGCCAUUUGACUGGGAGGGGCUAGCAGUGAGCUGCAGGCCUAGAGGAGCCCAGGACCCUGCCCAGCUCAGCUUGCAGGCUGCAGUCUAGGUUUGGCAGCUGCCUGGGAAGCCACCCAAUGCUGGCAUUUCUCUUAGCAUGGUGCUGACCAGGGCUGUCACCUCAUUAGGCCAGAUCCACUGGGGAUGGGGUCAGAGCAAAGCCACCCAAAGCUAGAACUGAUGUGGGCCCUACCAGAGGGUCUUGGCCUCAGUGUGCAGAGGGGUCCACAGAACUGAUUCUAGUCUAAGGCACUGGUCCUGUGCUGACUGACAGAUCAAGGUAUCCCCUUUAUAACUGAACUUGAUAGACACGAAUCUACCAAGUUAGGGAGCAAGUUCACUUUGGAUGAACUUCUAUUUCUGAAGCAGAGACCGUCGUGAGUCUGGGGGUUGCCCUCUCCCUAUCUGAGAGUGGGAUGUGAUUCUGUUCAGUGCCUUGAAAAGUAAUAGACUUCUGACUCCUGGAAUGAAGAUGGCAGCCCCAACAGAAGAGAAAGGAAGGAGGAUCCUCAGAAGCUCUUUUCCCCCCACUUUUGGCACCCCCAGUCCAGGUAAUGGUCUUAGCUCAGGACUUUAUCAUUCCUGUCACAAGGGAUAGGAGAAAGCUGUCCUUUGGGGGCUCUUUUCACUGGAACUGCAGCACUGAUUUUUGUACCGAAUGUGAGUGGAAACCUGGGACUCACUUUAUGGCCCUUGCCACCAGAACCCAUCUCCCUGGGGAAAGCCCUGGUCCCUAGUGGGAGGCCCCAGCCCUACAUUGCCCUGGAAAGGACCUGAAGUGCCCAGGAUUAUAGCCCUGGAGUUGCACAUUUAAGAAGACCUGUAACUGGUCCAGACUUAGGCCACAGCUUAUUACCUCUGUGAUGGAUAUGUUUUGUUGUGCAAAUUAUCCUGUGGACAAGGUGUCAGGAAUGGCCCCAAAGCACUUUAACAUUCCUUCACACAGCAUUUAUUGCUCACGUGGUACAAAUAGGGCAAGAUUUUUGACCCAAGUGUGCAGAGGCUUCAACGUCUUAAUUAUACAUCAGUUUUCUUUGUUGCAACGAGUACCACCUGGGUAACCCAGCUCUCCUUACUGUGUGUACUACAAAUAAAAUGCAUU